CUAUUACGUGCCGAGUUGGUGGUCUGGUCGGACUCGUGUGUGAGACGACUCGCUUUUCCGAAGUGACAAGUUUCGCGUCGACAACGUCCAAAUAUCCGAAUUAAUUCUAAAAAAAUCGGUACUCGUAAAUUUAAUCGAAUUUUUUCCCCCAAAAUUUAAAAACCUUUCCUCGACUCGUCCGCGCGAAGUGUGCCUAAACAACUCGAUUUUAAAAACUCGGAAAAUUUUCAGAAAAUUUGGUCGUUGCUCUUUUCGUCUCUAUAAUAUUAUAGUUGGUGGAGUUUUUGUUGAAGUGUUCGCGAUGUGCGGUUCGCUUUGUUACCAGUGAGAAAAGGUUGUUGUCCUGUGAUAAGUUUUUUACUCGAUUGGUAGUGUAAUCGGUGUUAUUUAUUAUUUUUUUCUCUCUAUUUUACUGGUGUGGUGUUCUGUGCUGUGCGCGUUUGUUGUGCUGCCUUUUUCAUCGUCUCUAUAAUAAACCAUCCCGGUUUGUGUGCUUUUGUAUUGUGUGUUUUCGCGGCUGCUGGGCUCAUCGCUUUCCUUAUACUACAUAUUCGUUCCUGUAGCCGUCGUCGAUAUACCUAUAUACUUGGAGGUAUCUAUCAGCCCUCGUAUAACCUGGCAUUUUUUUACCUCUUUACACUCUCAAGCUGCUGGAAACAAGCGAAAAGGAUACGGUCGCUGAGGCGCAGAUUUAUCGAGGCCAAUAUGCGAGAAACGAUGAUUUAAUCGGGUCAACAUUCGAUCAGCCGCGUCGUAUCAGAUCGUAAUCGGUGAGAUCGUCAGCUUUUCGAACGAGAACGCAUCACAACGGUCAUUCCCUGCGAACUCGACCCGUUCGCACUUUUUUUUUGUCUGCUUCGGUGGUAGGUAGGUAAAAAAAAAAACAGGAAAAUAAAAAUCUCACAUCCAAAAUGGACUUCCAUUAAUUCCGAUAUUGACGAAGACGCGUAGCCCAACAACCGGUGGUACUCUGCGAUGCCAAAAGAUUUGCCAAAUAAGUCAUGUCGUGCUGAUACGAAAAAACAAAACGUCGUCGUUUCGAAAGGUUGUAAAAACUCGUUGAUCAAGGUCGUGCCCAAAGUUUUGGCGAGUAAGAUCGCGAAAAAGAAAAUCGCGACGAAGACAACCCCUCCAAAGAAAAUCCAACAAAAUGAAGUUACAGCUGAAAAGUUGAAAGAUACUAAAAAGAAGGUCAACUCUGUUGUACCGAUCAAAACACGUAGCGGAGCUGUACUAGACUCCAAUGUCGCUAAAACGAGCCCGAGCGUCCCGAAAAUGAAAGAGAAACAGAAACCAGCGGCGGAGAAGCCUAAACCGAAAGAAACAAAACCCAAAGCCAAAAAAGAACCGGUGAAAAAGGCGUCGACUGUUGUAAACAAUACUACAAUUACAACAACUACUCCAACGUCGACUACGACGAAAAAAGAAACAAAAAAGGUGAAAAAUGAUAACAAAGAAGAAGAACCGGCGGUGAAAAAAGUACCAAAAAAUGCCUCUAAAAAAGAAACGAACGACGCAGCUGAUAAGAAAGAAACGAUCAGAAAUGAUAAAGUAGACGAUAUCGACGGUGCUACUCCACCAGUCGCUAAAAAAGAUACCAAAAAGGAUAAAGAACCGGUUAAGAAAACACCCAAAGCCAAAAAAGACGACGGUGAAAAGAAAGAAGCCCUGAAACAGGAUAAAAAUGACAAUAAGAAUAUCUCCAAGAAAGAUAUCGACGAAACGAUCAAAAAAGAACCGGCGACCAAAAAAGAACCAAAAUCCAAAGAAGAUGCCUCAAAAUUAGAAAAAGAACCCAAGCUCACUAAACCCGAACCAGCUAAAAAACGACCUCCUAAAAAACCUAAAGAACCCGUUGUCAAUGAAACUGCCAAAAAAGAUACCGAAGAUAAAAUUCCGCCUUCGAACGAACCCGCUGAUAAAAAAGAACCUCCCAGUCAAUCUAAUAAAAUAAAAUUCUUUAAAUCCAAGUCGAAAAAAGCUGAAAAACCUAAAGAACCCGUAUCAAAAAAGAGCAACGAUCUAAAAGAUGCCUUCAGUGUGUACGACAACAUCGACGAACUCAGCGAAGGCACUCACAAUAAAACGAUUACCAAAAAGAAAGAACCUUCUAAAGUAAAAGUGUCGAAAAUCGGCAAAGAAACUGAAUUAAAAAUGAAACAGCAUCUGGAGGAGUUCAAAAAGACUAAGCUUAAGGCCAAAGAUACUUCAAACAAAGACGAUAAAAGGAAACUGGAGAGUGACAGCGAAGUAGAUAAUAAAGUUUGUAAAAAAGCGAAGAAGAAUGCCGGUGGUGACAAUGACCAAGUCAAUGAACCGUCAGCAGCUUCGCAACAACCAUCUUCGAAAUCGAAAACAAACAAAAAAACCAAACCAAAAGAGGAAGAACUCUCAUCCCCGUCAUCCGAUAGCAUGCCACUCAACAGACUCAUCGCAAAAACUCCCACCUCCUCGAAAAAAGAUUCCAAAUCGAAAACAGCCUCAUCGGCAUCAGCAGUCAAACGUGAACCACAUUCUGACGAUAGUGAAAUCGAAACCAAAAAGAAACCCAAGACUGAAACGCCCUCGAAAAAAGGCGCCAAAAAAUCGCCCGCCAAAGCCUCGCCCGCUAAAAAAUCCGUCGCCUCGGACAAAAAAAGUGAAAAAACGCCCAAAAAGUCAACCCCCAAAAAAGUAGUCAGGUUUCAAAAACAAGCUACCCCUAAACCUGCCCCCAAAGUUAUUCGUAAACGUAAACCACGAAUGGCUUCGUUGAACGCCAUGGCCAUGGUGCAUUGCUUGUACGAUAACGAGUGUAAAAGCGCUUCUGUAUCGUCUUACGAUAGUACAGAAUACUCGGAUGAUAACAUGAUCGUCGAACCGGUCGAAACGAAGCGUAAAACUGAACCGAGUUCUGUACCCGAGACGCCGAAAGUUGAAAAUAAAGAAACAGCCGUAGUGAAAUUCGAAAAAGAACCGAUGGUGGUUGAAAACCAAGCAGAUCCCGUUAUCAAUCGAGAAUCUCUCCGAACCGCUCCUGGUCUUCGAAGCAUUGGUAAACAUUGGGAUAUGAAUAGUUCAUCUAUAUCGUCUACUUUAUCUGAUGAGAACUUGGAAGUGAUCGCUUCGCCCAUUGUCAUCAAAGAAAUAACGUCUUCGUUAGAAAAACCUAAAAACAUCCUGAAGAAAAAAUUCGCUCGUGCUCUCCGACGUCAAGUAUCCGAGGAAUCGUCCGAAGAAGAAAAACACCAAGCUUUACUGCUCGAAGAGAAGAAACGAAUGGUGAGACGACGUCGUCGACAACGCAAAGAAAUCACCAUGGAUUUAAAAGAUAUGGUCGUAUGUAAACGUAUGGCCAGCUUGAACGCCACCGCCAUCUUGGCCGCCAGCUACAGCAGCUUGACUGGUAAACGAACCAUCACGGUUAAAUCUCCGGGUAAAGCCGAAGAAAAACGAGAAAACGUCGAGAACUUCGAAAAAACCACCGAAAGCGUCAUGGCUAAGUUGAAAAAUCGCAAGCUGCCUUUCAUCAGGAAGAAAUUCAGCUCUAGUUCGGACGCAGAUGUCGAAGACGAAGCUGACCUAUCUGGAGGCGAAGUUGUGGUGAAAACUGCCUCGAGUAGUGGCAAACAGCAGGUAUCUUUGAUUGUGAAUCAAGACUCCGGUGUCACGAUUACCGGCGUUUAUCUCAAUAGUACAACUAAAUCCACCCAUCAUCAAGGCUACUGCAGCAUAUCGGGAAUGCAGUACAGAAUUUCGUCUACUAGUCAUACGCAAACGGAAGCCACCACCGUUACGACCGAACCAAUCGUGCGAAAUACGCAAGAACCGUUGAGGCCACCGAUUACCGUCUCGUUGCAUCCGGAUAGGCAAUCUCCUCCUCCCCCUCCUCAUGUCGGUCUGAAUGCGAAUCAUCCUUCACCUGUGAAGACUUAUACGCCUUUGGGAGCGUUAUCGAACAUGCAGCCUCCCGGAUCACCUCAUCACAUGCAUCAUUUGCAUCAUCAUCCCAAAACCGUGACCAUAUCGUCGACGCAGGAGAUAUCCUCGCUUGAGAGGCACGGUUGCCCGAGUGCUUUCAGCGCGCCGGCCGUAUAUGGCCCUCCGCCGCCUCCACCGCCGCCGCUACCCAAUGUGCCUACGAGACCUCCGUAUCCUAUUUUGUCGAAGACGCCGCCGGAGCCCGGAUAUGUAACAGGUGCCUUGGCCACCAGAGCUUUUCCAACGUCGUCCAACGAACUACACAGAAUUUCUUAUCCUCAUCGUUAUUACCAGCCAGCAGGUCCGCUGAUAUCGCACCACCAUCACCAUCACCAUCAUCACCACCACGUGCAGACGAACACAUCGACGACGUCAACGGCCGCUCUACCAGCAUCGACGGCCACGUCGACGUCCAGCUCAGCAUCGACCAUCUCGUUCGCCAAAGUCUCGCAGUCGCCUCUAGUACAACCGCCUACUCCGCCGGCCUCGAACGUGACGCAGCCCGUAUCGGAGAACUCGGACAACGAGAUGAUCUCGGCGACCACUCCAGCCACCGAGAUCGCUCCUUCGGCCGAACCACCUCAAGAAGAACCAAACUUCGCUCCAGCUUACCGAUUCGGCUCCUCGGCCAAUCCACCAUUCCGGUCGCCGUCUCAUAAUUACCAAUCGUACUACCCGUCACCUCCGUCAACCGCUAGUCUAUCGCAUCCUCAACAACAGGCUCAUUUCCAGGAGAUCUUGUACAGUAGUCAACCACCAGCAGGACCUCCAGGACCUUACCAUCUGAGCUACCUGCAGCCCAAGGGUGCGCCGUAUCACGGGCCUCCGCCACCCUUUCAACGAAGAUACAUUCCAGCUCUGCCACCUCAACAGUAUUUCCAUCACGAGUAUUCGUCCUCGGCUCCGGUCAGCAAUGCUGUCCAGCAGCAGGUCGUCGUACCGGCUCAUCCUCUCACGUCGACCGCUGAAUCGUAUCAUUCCGCGCCUCCGACUCCUUCUGUGGUCGAGUCGUAUCCGCCGCCGCCUCCCCCGUUGUAUUAUUCGGGGUACGGGAGCGCGCCUCCGACGCCUUAUUAUCCUUAUGCCGCUUCGUCCAGAAGUCUUACACUAGUUGAAACGAGUUGUCCAUGUCCACUUCAAACGUGUCAAAAAAACGGACAUACUGGCCCGCUUACUGGUAUCAUCAGUAAGGGGCCAGUUAAACAACACAGCACCCCAUUAUCGCCCGUAGCUUUAUCGUUGCCGAAAGAACCGCAAGAUAUCCGCAGCUUACCCAGCCCAGCUCGAGGUAGCGCCGGAUGCCGGCCCACUCCAUCGCCGGCCAUAGCAACGGCCAAGAAUCCAUCAUGUUGGUCCGAGAGUACCGACUGCAGUUAUGAUACAACUGGACUACUGGCGAUAAGUAAAACCACCUGUGACGAGAAGAACGUCGACGGUGUCGUCCGCAACGGCCUCAAGACUCCUUCGCGAACCGAACUGAAGAAGCUAAAAAUGAAGAAAUUCAAAUCGCGAAAAACCUCCUCGUCCCAUAACAAACACAUCUGCAAACAAGACGAAAAUAUGAAAUCGAUGGCGGAUGGAUUCAGAAUGAACGGAAGGCCUCCUUUCUACACGGAUGUAUCCGAGAAUUCCGAUAGCGUCGGUUUAAUAGCCGCCGCCUCGGUGACCGAUUACGUGUCCAGGGUAAAACCAACCAUCAUGGAAGUCUGCGAAACGGACUACUGCGAUGAGAAUUUGCUCGAGGUGGACGAACCGAAGUCCAAGAAAUACCAAAACAGGAAACGUCGAAGUAUCGACGACGAUCCGGAUAAAGAUAUGCUCAAGUCGUACCCGGUCAUGAGGGAAAACGUACAAAAAAUCAUCCAUCCGCUGGAAGAUGGUCAAAUCGCUGUCAAGAAACCAAAACUAGACGACGAACUGGAAAAAAUACUAAUAGUCGAAGAUCAGAAACCAGUCGACGUCGAAAAGAAUACCUAUCUUUCGGCUUUACAGCUUUGCUCGGUUAACGAUGUCGAUAUUGAGAAAAUCGAAGAAAAAGACGCGGAUUUGUUGAAGAUUGCCGAAGAUGUGGCUCCUCUCAGGAAACGUGAUGAAGAAAAGAGUCUUAAGAUACAAUCUAAGACCACCGAAACGGUCGAUCAGACGACUCAACGUAAGGAUAUUUUGGUCGAAGAAUCGGUAUCUGAGAUACCGGAUACGAAAUCUACCUCGGACCAGGUCCAAUGUACAGAUAACGUCGAACCAAAGAAACCACCCAGGUUAAGACGUAAAAGAUGGACGACCAAGAAGAAAAAUAAAAAGAAGAGCAGCAAGUCGGCCAAAGGCAGCGAAGAGGAGAAGAUUGAGGCUGAAAACGCGGAGAAAAUCCGACGAGCUGAGUUACUUUCGUUGACGCAGAAAAGAGCUUCGUGUAAAUUGAAAUGGUCUAACGGAUGGACUUGGCUGGGAGAGCCGUUCGUGUCUAAAAUUUUUCUCAAUACUGAAGGCUCCGAGGUGCUGAGAACCUGUUACCACGCCAUGAAGCACCAAUCCGGCGACAUAAUUAAACCAAAGGAUUGCAUACUGCUCAGAUCCGGCAGUAAAAAGUCUGAUUUACCUUACGUCGCCAAAGUGGCCCAUCUAUGGGAAGAUCCGGAAGACGGCGAAAUGAUGAUGUCGCUGUUUUGGUUCUACAGACCGGAACACACGGAGCACGAUUCGAUACACAGCGAAUCGCCUUACGAAUUAUACGCGUCUAAGCAUAAGGAUAUUAAUAGUGUAGCCUGUAUCGAAGAUAAAUGUUACGUUUUAACAUUUAACGAAUAUUGCAGGUACCAUAAAAGCAUACGACAGACGGAAGAAUCAGUCGAUGUGUCCAGCGUAAUCGUGCCUCCAUUGUCGAAAAAACGCUACCCUCGUCAUUCGCUGCUGCCACCGGAAAACACCUCGCUAGAUUUGGUAUUCUUUUGCCGCAAAAUAUACGAUUUUCGACAGCAUAGGUUGCUGAAGAAUCCGUUUUUCGUGUAACGAGUCCCCCUCUCCCCUCCCUCCUUUUGCCCCUGUUCCCCUGAACGUCUACUCUAUGUAGUCUUAUUACAUAUACUUUUUGAAAAAAAAAAAAAAAUGUUUUAUAAAUGUUUGCAUAACUGUGUAUAGUAUAUAAUUUGUUGAAUUAUUUAUUAUCGUGUGUAUUAUAAUGAAAGGAAAAUGUAACCAUACGUUUCUGUCCCCCUUUCUCUUCCCCCUUCCCUCCCCCCCAACCCACUCUUCUCUCUAUAUAUUUAUUUUCAUUCGUGUAAUUGUUUCUUUUUUUUUUUUUGAGCCUUAGAUAAUGUUUUAUUUUUUUUAUUAGUUUUUUUUUGUGUGUUGAAAAAAAAGCGCCAACCGUCGAGAAAUGUUUCGAUGAAGGGGUGCGCUUAAAUUUUUACUCUUUCGCUUAUGUUAGUUUGUGUGUAGUCCGCAGAGUUUUCGGAUUUGUGAUUUUUUUCUCUCCCUGUGUCCCUUUAAUACUGAUUUUUUGAAUGUAUAAUUGGCUGAUUUGGUUAUCUCUACUCGUACUGUGGAUCUUGAUGCUUAGAAAUACCGAAGGAUUCGACGUUUUGGGUCAUUGUCGUCGUAGUUUGAAUUUGGAUGAUGGAUCGGGUUGUUUAAAUUAUUGAUCACCCUGUUAAUUUGGGUCGUUUUGGUGUAAAUUUAUAGAAUGUGAAAGUUAAUUGGUUUUUGGAAGAAAUUUACGUGCUGAAGUUGCUCUACGAAGUGCUUUGAGUAUCGAUCGACUCAAUAAUCGAUUAUUUUUUCGAUGAAGUCGUCUCACAGGGUCGAAUCCGAAUGGAAAUUUUUGUUUAUUAAUAUUAAUAAUUAACGAGCUCAGAGUAAGUACAAAUAGAAGAAAAAAAUAAACAAAAAAUCUUGUCAAUUGGUUUUCUAAGCAUUUCGAUCUUGAGAAGUCUGUGAAAAAUAAUUUUCCCCUGAAAAAAUCGUGAUUAUCAAAGUGAAAUAUUUUCUUCGGUAAUGUUUAUUCGUUUUUUUUUUUUUUUUUUUAAAUCUACAAAUUGGUAACUCGAAUAUCUAAAGAGGCAUUCGCGUGUUUGAAUUAUUAUUGUUUAGUUAGACAACGAUAAACUUACCGAGAAAUUCAAUCAUCGCCAUCGACGUGUCUGUUGAUUUUUAGGAAUUCGUCGUUAUGUAAUUUCUUCUACGAAACGGUUUAUAAAUUGUUAUAAUUCGAGAUUGGUUUGUGUGGUAUGUUCACGUAUGUACGAUUAUAUUGUGUGAAUUACUUACAGAGAGAUUGAAAUUGAGCCAAAAAAAAAUGUCUGUAACGAUUGAUAUGGUACAAAUAAAAUAAAAUAAAAUAAAAAAUACGACGAAUAUAAUAAUUUUUUUUAAUGCACGAAUUUUUGCAAACCCUAUUUAUUGUACUGUAUGUUUUCUAAAUAAUUAAUUUUAAUGAGUUUUUAAUUUUACUGCUGCUCAGAUGUAUUUACUUACGAGGAUGAGAAUCACUCGUGUAAGAUGUCUCUAGUGUGGUAGAUGGUAUUUUAAUUUUCAAUUAUUAUCGUUUUAUUUGAUUUCGAGUUUUGAGUUUUUUCUUCUUUUUUUUUUAUUUAUUCGAUUUUUUUUUUUUGUAUUUUUAACAGAUGAUUUUAUUUUAGUUUUGUAAUGAUUUGCAAUAAUUUUAUAAAUAGUAAAAGGCACACACACGAUCAGAGUAAACUCUUUUAUUAUUUUUUUUUCUCCUUGAACAAUUUCAUUAAUCAUAUCGAAUAUGUUUUUAUCGCGGCUUGUCCCCCAAUUUGUAUUAUAUUUGUGUAGAUAGUAUUAAUUAACAUUAUUUAUAAAUGGUUUUUUGAUUAUUUAACAAAUAUAAUAUUUGUGUAAUGAA